UGAAUGUAGAGAGAGAAAAAACUGUGCCGUUUCUGUUAAACUGAGGUCAUAUCUCCUGUAUGUCUUUACUAAAAUUAAAUAAUACUUAUUUGCUCCUCAAAAGAGUUCAAUUCAAAAGUAAGAGUUUUCUUUUAUUUCAGAUUUUUUUUUUAUUAUAGUUAAGUCAAUGUCAGAUCUGUUAAUUGUUAACCCUUUUAAAAGGAACAAUAAAAUGUAUGUCAAAAAAACAGAAAUGUUUUCCGAAAUUGGUCAAGCAAAGCAGAUUUUUGUGGAAUAUAACAGAAUCUUGGAAGAAUAUUCUUAGAAUUGUCACAGAUAUGGCAGAAUUUUGCGAUAUAUUUCCAGAAUUUUGGUAAGGAAAGCAGACUUUUUUGGAAUAGAACAGCGUUUUUUGGAAUAGAACAAAAAUAUUCGAAGAAUUGUUACAGGUUUGGCUGACUUUUGCCAAAAGCAGCAGAACUUGUCAAAUUCCUGUCAGAAUUUUGCGGAAUAUAACAGAAUUUUGCAAGAAUAUUCUCAAAACUGUCGCAGAUUUGGCAGAAUUUUGCCAAAACCAGCAGAUCUUUGAGAAAUAUUUUCAGAAUUUGGUCAAGCAACGCAGAUUUUUCUGGAAUAUUACAGGGUUUUGGAAGAAUUCUCUUAGAUUUGUCACAGAUUGGGCAGAAUUUACCGAAACCAGGAGAAUUUUGCGAAAUCCUAUCCGACCUUUGGGAAAUAUUUUCAGAAUUUGGCCAGGCAAAGUAGUAAUUUGUGGAGUAUAACAGAAUCGUGCAAGAAUAUUCUUAGAACUGUCAGAGGUUUGGAAGAGUUUUGCCAAGUGAAGCAGAAUUUGGACAAGCAAAGCAGAUUUUUGUGGAAUAUAACAGAAUUUGGCAAGAAUAUUCUCAGAAUUUGGCAAGAAUAUUCUCAGAAUUUGGCAAGAAUAUUCUCAAAAUUUGGCAAGAAUAUUCUCAGAAUUAUCACAGAUUUGCAGAAUUUGGCCAAAACCACCAAAUCUUUGAGAAAUAUUUCAGAAUUUGGCCAGGCAAACCAGUAUUUUGUGGAGUAUAACAGAAUCUUGAAAGAAUAUUCUUAGAACUGUCACAGAUCUGGCAGAAUUUUGCUAAAACCAGCAGAAUUUUGCGAAAUCCUAUGAGACCUUUGCGAAAUAUUUUCAGAAUUUGGCCAGGCAAACCAGUAUUUUGUGGAGUAUAACAGAAUCUUGAAAGAAUAUUCUUGGAAUUGGCACAGAUUUGGCAGAAUUUUGCCAGAACCAGCGGAAUUUUGCGAAAGCAUUUGUUACACCACCACAACAAUCAGUCCGUGAUCCAUCACCACCAGUUAAAAAAUUAUUUGGUUUUCAACGUGUCUGUUUAGAGACUAGACAAACAACUGAAAUUUAUUUUCCAUUUGGUAUCCAAUCAUUAUUAACAAUUGCAUUGGGUGGAUCGAAGUGGUUGGAACCAUGGUUACAUAAAGUUAUGGUUGGAAAACAGCAUAUGCAUACCAUUCACUGA